UUCAUAAGGAUAGCCGCACCAACGUGUGUGUGUGUGUGUGUGUGUGUGUGUGUGUGUGUGUGUGUGUGUGUGUGUGUGUGUUAGGGAUGGAGAGUGAAUUGCCGUUGUGUACUAUGGACUUAUGAAUGCCUCUAUUUAACAGGGCUCUCGCUGUGUUGGUUCUCACAAGAGUUGUUACUGUCCUCAGGGAUUUUAUGAAGCAGACAACAUAGGCUACAACAAAACAACUGUGGUCAGCAACUGCAAAAUGAGUUCAAUCAAAAUCACAAACAUUGACACAAUGGAGCUGCAAGACGGCGUCCAGAACAAUGCCUUUCAAGAGGAUGAUGAGAAUGAUACAUCUGGUGCAUCAAGUUCUCGAGAGCACGACACCACAAACAUCUCCGUUAGAGAGAGGCUGGAAGAGAGCGCGUACACUCAAAUCAAACCGUAUGCUGGAAUGCCUAAGGAGGUGUUGACGUUAUAUUCAAACCAAGCUUGCUACCGGGUACCUCGUGAAAUUUUAUUCUGGCUGAUCAUUGCAUGCACCCUGGCCCUUAUCGCCGUGACCAUUGCGAUCGUGGCACUGUCACCGCGAUGCCUUAGCUGGUGGCAGGUGUCUCCAGUCUAUCAGGUUUACCCACGAUCAUUCAAGGAUUCAAACGCUGAUGGCGUUGGAGACCUUAAAGGAAUCAAGGAGAAACUGAGUCAUUUCGAGUACUUGAACAUUAAAGCAAUCUGGAUAAGUCCUUUUUACAAGUCUCCUAUGAGGGACUUUGGAUAUGAUGUGGAGGACUUCAGGCAAGUUGACCCUCUCUUUGGAACCAUGGAAGACUUUGAUGACCUCUUGGAAAGCAUGCAUGGCAAAGGUCUAAAGCUGAUCAUGGACUACAUCCCUAACCAUACCAGCGACAAGCACAUCUGGUUUCAACUUAGUCGGAAUGGCACUGAGCCCUACAAAGACUACUAUAUCUGGGUUAACUGCACAAAGGACAAACCUCCUAACAACUGGGUAAGUGUAUUUGGGAAUUCCUCCUGGGAGUAUGAUGAAAUGAGAAAACAGUGCUAUUUCCACCAGUUCCUCAAGGAACAGCCAGACCUCAACUAUCGUAACCCCCUCGUUAUACAGGAGAUGACGGAUAUAAUCCAUUUCUGGCUGCAGAAGGGCGUGGAUGGGUUCCGCAUGGAUGCUGUGAAACACAUGCUUGAAGCCACACAUUUGAGAAACGAACCCCAGGUUGAUCCAGACCAAGAUCCAUCGACUGUAGACACAGAGUUUGAGCUGUACCAUGACUACACCUACUCACAACUCGGGCUACAUGAGAUCCUGACAAACUGGAGGGUAGAGAUGGAUACCUACAGCAGAGAGCCUGGCCGUCACAGGUUCAUGGUGAUAGAGAGUUAUGACUAUGAAGAAAUCGAAAAAACCAUGAGGUACUAUGGCACACGGUAUGCCACGGAGAGCGACUUCCCCUUUAACUUCUAUCUGCUAUAUCUUCCUGAAGACUUGUCUGGAAAUAAAGCCAAAGAACUGGUUGAUUUUUGGAUGUCAAACAUGCCAGAAGGAAAAUGGCCAAACUGGGUGGUGGGAAACCAUGACAAGCCACGCAUAGGCUCAAGUGCUGGUAAGGAAUAUACACGCGCUAUAAACAUGCUGUUGUUAACACUUCCUGGAACUCCCACAACAUACUAUGGAGAGGAGAUUGGCAUGAUUAAUGUAAAUGUAUCUGUCAUUCAGGAUCCUUUUGGAAAAUUCAAUCCAAACAAUAGUCGGGACCCACAGCGUACGCCAAUGCAAUGGAGCGAUAAACUCAAUGCUGGCUUUAGUGAAAAUGAAAAUGGCACGUGGCUUGACAUCGCUCCAGACUACACAACUGUCAACGUGGAGGUUCUACAGGCCGAUCCCAAUUCCAUAAUUUCACAAUAUCGUACUCUGAGUUUGCUCAGAGGGGCUGAGCUUGCCCUGAACCGAGGCUGGUUCUGCUACAUCCGGAGUGAUGCUAAUGUAUUCAUUUAUUUGCGUGAGAUGGAUGGACACAAGAAAGCCUUCUUGGUUGUUCUAAACUUUGGCAAAGAUACUGAGACAGACCUGUCUUCGGUUAGUGAGCUGCCAGAUGUCCUUACUGUGCAUUUAAGUACAGUACCGAUUAGCCAGAAGACUUUCUCCAAAUCCAGAAUUCCAACAUCUAAAGGGCAAGGAUUGCUCCUGGAAUAUUCCACCAAUAGCCGAUUCCACCCUAACCAUGCAUCCGAGUGUUAUAUUUCAGAGAAAGCCUGCUACAUGGAUGUACUAGAUAUUCUGUACAAGUGCUAAAGAUACUUUUUAGAAGAUUAAAAGAAAGAUACGUUUUUUUAUCAGUCAGGUUUCUUGGAAGAAAUGUUUAAUUUCAUUUUCUUAAAUAAACAGCAUAUCUAUCUAUCUAUCUAUCUAUCUAUCUAUAUAUAAAUGUUUAGUUUAUAUAAAAAUAAAAUCUUUUUAUCUGGUAUUUUCAGCACAAACAAAUACACUCUGUUUCAGUUUAGGGGUUAACGGGACUUGCAAGUGGGAUCAUUUGACCUUCCCUUUUGUCUCCUUCAAGAUUUUUGGUGGUCUAGUCCAAGUUCUGUGUAAAGAAAGGCCAUCUGUUGGGUACUCUAAAAAAGAGAAGGGAAAGGAAAGUUUUAUAUAAUGUAAUGAUUAUUAUAUAACCUGCAAAAAUAAACCAUUACAUGACACUGUAAACAUGUAAGCCAUUUCUUAUGAUCACUAACAGCAUUCUAACCAGAGAAGACUUCAAUCCCCAUGGUAUAAGUUAAUAAACAG